UCUCUCUCUGUUUAUUUUGAUUUAAUUUAUCAUCGUUUAAUUUAGCAGACGGUUUAUCCAAGACUUACAGGUGAGGCUGAAUCUUACACAUUCUUCAGAACAACCUCACCCACUGUAUAGCAGCUGAUUCACAAACCAGUAGCUACUAUUUAAUAACUAUCUAUUUAAAUGAUUAUUAUUGAAGUAUUAUUCAAUGAACAUUUUACAUUGCAUCAAGCACCGGUGAGUCCCUCUAAUAGCUGUCGCUUUGUUUGUGAUGACGACCAAGAGAAAAGCCCAGCUUUACUUUCAACAAGACAUCAGGACAUCCUACCACACUAACACCAAACAAAGCCUGCAAUGGAGGCAACUGGCCAGCGAAGAGCCAUUUUGGAGCGAACCUAGCCAGCCUUGAUCCAGUUGUUCUGGGAUAACAGGUUGGGAUAACAUGUACCACCCCGUCGGGAGUAAAACACGCCCUGAAACCAAUUGGCAUUGCUUUAAAACACUAAGCACAAGGAAAUCUCAAACCAGAGGUCGGCUAAUAGAUUUCGAACUGGCGUGUCUGUCGAUACCUGAGGGCACCUUAACCCCUAAACCUCCUGUUACGGUUAGCGGUGCAGGCAGGCAGGUAGGACCCAGAUGCAGACGGUUUAGGGAGAACAUUACUUUAUUUCUGCCAAAAGGCUAAGGCAAGGAGCAAGGAGCAAGGAGCAAAGAGCAAGGAGCAAGGAGCAAGGAGCAAGGAGCAAGGAACAAGGAGCAAGGGAAGACAGGUGACAACAGAGAACACGCAGGACGAACUAACCACAAUGACAGCACGAGGAACAAAGGAAAGACAAGGGCUUUAGUAACAAACACAAGACACGCAACGAGGAACAGCUGAGACACAUUAGGGGAGGGAGCAGUAAUCAACACAGGAGGGAAACACACCAAAACACGACACAGACCACAGACACCUUCUGCUCAUUAACUCAUCGGGAGUGGGUCUGGAUGAAGGCGUCAGCUAAAUGACUAAAUUGUGAACCAUGACUAGCGACAGUUUAACUAAUGUAUACUUAUGCCAACACAGGGUCGAUGGAUGGCAGCAUGCUCCAGAUGCAUCCCUCAUGCCCAGGGGGGGUGAAGGGUGAAGCACAGGGGUGGAACCCCAGAUGUUCUGACCACACUCUGGUGUUCCUGUGUGAGUUCCGACCGUCGCCAGGCACCCCUCCUGCCGCCGACCUCGACCACACCGCAGGGACUCAGUCCGGUCCAGUGUUUGGGCGGUCCGGCCCGGAGUUUGUGGAAGUUACAGUCCCUGCCCAGUGUAGCAUUCAGCAGCUGAGGUUCAGACUCUGUUUGAAGGCGCAAGAGCAGAGCUGUCACCCUAACCUCCUGGGCCUCCUGGACCCCGAGCAGUACCUCCUGCUGUACGCCCGUGGGCAGGAGUGGUACGAGAUGUACGACGACUGCCAGGUUCUCCGGACCCUGGACGUCCCAUGGAGCCGCCACGCAGACGGGCGCCUGGCGGCGACGAUCGCGGUGACGCCCGUGGCGGCGGCCGACGAUGGCGAACGGCAGCGGCAGCAGGCCCUCCUGGCCACCCUGAUUGGCCACGACCUGGACCGGGAGGCGACCAAUCGGCUCGGAGAGCUCAUGGUCACCCGGAGGAAGCUGGCGUCUCCACGGCGACAAGAGCUGAAGUUGCGCGACGACGUGGUUUAUGCCACAGAGCCCUGGACCACGACCGCCCCGCUGCCAAGAGACCUGCAGCCCCACGGGGACAGGAGCCUGAAGAUCACACUGCACUACCUGCAGAAGCUCAGCUUCAGCAUGGACGUGAAUCCCUCCAUCACACCCCAGCUUCUCCUGGAGCUUUGUAACAAGGUGACGGCCGACCAGGGCUUGGAGUGCUGGCCCUCAGACAGCCUGGUUCUAAAGGUGACCGGCCGGGAGGAGUUCUUAUCAGGAGACUUCCGACUCCUGGAUUUCCUUUGGGUCAGGAAGUGCCUGAAGAGCAGCCAAGACCUGCACCUGUCGGUCCUCUCCGUGGCCCAGCUCCCACUGGAGGCUGUGCGGCUGACUGACUGGCCCCUGGUGGACAGCUUCACGGGCCAUUCCAGCUCCCACGACGACCUCCGCCUGGAGGGAAAGGACUUGGACGACAUAUUCAUGAUCUCCUUGUGGGACUGCGACAGGAAGUUCAGGUUCAAACUCACUGGCAUUGACAUCCCAAAGCUUCCGGCUAAAGCCCCUCCGUCCGUCUGCGUAGAGGCCUCCAUCAUUUACGGCAACAAGGUCCUCCUGUCCGUUGCCUCGACGACGAAGUCCUUUGCAGACGAAGUGCUGUGGAACGAGUGGUUGGAGUUCAGUGUCCUGCUCAGUGAUCUGCCUCGCGGUGCUAAACUGGGGCUGACCGUGAAUGCCUGUAGUAACGAAACCGCCUCAGAAAAACCGGAGAAGGGCAAGGGCGGGACGCUGUUCUUCGUCAACCUCCUCCUCAUCGACCACAGGUCACUCCUGAGCCAGGGACCGUACACCCUCCACAUGUGGCCCUACCUCGGCCAGGAGGGGGAGGUGGUCACCUACCAGGCGGACCGCCUCUCCUCCGCCACCAACCCGGACGUCACCCACUCCAUGGCCAUCAGCCUGCUGCUGGACCGCUACAGCUUCCCCGUGGUGCUCCCCAACGGUGCCGCAUCCCCUGAGUCUCGCUGGCCCCCGGCUGAAGCCAGACCAGCCCCGGCGUCCCCUCUGUGUGGGACAGUAUCCCCUGUAUUCAGGCCUGGGUCUGCUGGUCUGGAGAGCGUCCAGACCUCUGAAGAAAGCACUCCCUCUGGAUCUCCGGUGUCUUUGGAAUCCAGAACAGGAGAACCAACGAUUUCCGGGGACUUUCCGGACAAUUUCCUUCCUCGGCUGCCGGUCUCUCCCGAGACCCCGCCAGUCGCGGAAGAGAUUAAUAGGACGUCCUAUCUCCAUAGGUCUACCGCCUCUCUUUCCUCUUUCUGUCCAUCCUCGACCUCUGACGCUGCCUCACGCAUAACUACUACGACUGCUCCUGGUUGUACUAUUUAUACUGCUCCAGUUUCUACUAGUUCUACUGCUCCAGUUUCUACUAGUUCUACUACUCCUGGUUCUACUAGUUCCCCUGCUUCUUCCCAACACUCGGUCAGAACUCCUCAGAGCCCCACGGCGGAUUUGCCAGGUGUCGCCGCUAACGCCCCGACUGCUUCGAUUGGUUCAGACAAAGCCCACCUCAAGAGGUUCGGGAAGGAGCAGAGUGUUCACUAUACGGCCAACCUGCCGACCUUCCUGCGCAGCGUCGAUUGGCUGAAGAGGAACGCGGUGGAGGAUGUCCAUUGGCUGCUGGAGCACUUGGAACCCGAGGAGCUGGACCUAUCGGUGGCUCUGGAGCUGCUGAGUUUUGACUCCAUCGACGAGAGCGUGAGACGGCUCGUUGUGCAGAGGUUGGAGAGCCUGUCCAACGAUGAAGUACUCAUGUAUCUGCUGCAGCUAGUGCAAACCCUGAAGGUGGAACCGUACCACGACAGUUUCCUGGCCUGCUUCCUUCUCCAGAGAGCCCUCCGGAGCAAGAGGAUCGGACACUUCUUCUUCUGGUACAUGCGCAGCGAGGUGGCUGCCUGCCCCUACUUCCGCCAGCGGAUGGCGCUGGUGCUGGAAGCCUACCUGCUGGGCUGUGGACAGGCCAUGCUGGACGGCUUCUCCCUGCAGGUGCAGGCAGCCCAGGCCCUGCAGCAGGUGGCCCUGCAGGUCAAGGAGAUGUUCCCUGACAAGACGGACCUGCCCCCCACCGCUGCUUUGCAGGUCCAGGGGCUCCUGGAGAGGAGCGACCUGCCCAAGGAGUUCCUGGUGCCCUUUGACCCCCGGGUCAAAGCAGGAGCCAUCCUGCUGAAGAGCUGCAAGGUGAUGGCGUCCAAGAAGAAGCCCCUGUGGCUGGAGUUCCAGCCCAUGCCGUCCCCCUCCCCCACCCCCCCGCUGGGCAUCCUCUUCAAGGAGGGAGACGACCUCCGCCAGGACAUGCUGGUCCUCCAGACGCUGGUGGUGAUGGACUCCAUCUGGCAGGAGAAGUCCCUGGACCUGAACCUGGUGCCUUACGGCUGCAUCGCCACCGGCCACAACAUAGGGAUGAUCGAGAUCGUGAGGAAGGCCGUCACCAUCGCGGCCGUGCAGCGCAGCGAGGGCGGCACACACGGCGCGUUCAAGAACGACGCCAUUUUCAACUGGCUCCGCGGUAAAUGUCCGCUGCAGGAGAUCCACUUCAGGGCCAUGGACAUGUUUGUGACGUCGUGUGCUGGUUACUGCGUGGCGACCUACGUCCUGGGGAUAGGAGACCGCCACAACGACAACAUCAUGAUCACCAACCAGGGUAACCUGUUCCACAUCGACUUCGGUCACAUCCUGGGCAACAGGAAGUCCUUCCUGGGCGUGAGGAGGGAGCGGGUGCCCUUCGUCCUCACGCCGGACUUCCUGUAUGUCAUUGGCGGGGUGAAAGGUCGCGACAGCCUCUGCAUCCAGCGGUUCAAGGACAUCUGUACGGAGGCCUACCUGUCUCUGCACUCCCAGUCCCGCCUGCUGGUCACGCUCUUCUCCCUGAUGCUGCUGACGGGCAUCCCCGAGCUCAGCGCCGCUGACGACAUGCGCUACCUCCGGGAGGCGCUGCAGCAGGAGAGCAGCGAGGAGCACGCACGCGACCACUUCCUGCAGCAGAUCGCCACCUGUGAGAACCUGGGCUGGACUGUGCAGGCCAACUGGUGGAUCCACAUGCUGGUCGGCAUCAAGUAGAGAGCAUCUAGUAGCCCAACUAGACAUCUAGUAGCCCAACUAGACAUAUAGUAGCCCAACUAGAAAUCUAGUAGCCAAACUAGACAUAUAGUAGCCCAACUAAACAUCUAGUAGCCCAACUGGACAUAUAAUAGCCCAUGUUGACAUCUAGUUGCCAAACUAAGCAUCUAGUAGACCAACUAGAUAUCUAGUAGCCUAUCUAAGCAUCUAGUAGCCCAACUAGACAUCUAGUAAUCCAACGAGACAUCUAGUAGCCAAACUAAAUAUCUAGUAGCCCAACUAAACAUCUAGUAGCCCAACUAGACAUCUAGUAGACCAACUAGAUAUCUAGUAGCCCAUCUAAGCAUCUAGUAGCCCAACUAGACAUCUAGUAGACCAACUAGAUAUCUUGUAGCCCAUCUAAGCAUCUAGUGGCCAAACUAAACAUCUAGUAGCCCAACUAGACAUCUAGCAGCCCAACUAGACAUCUAGUAGCCCAACGAGACAUCUAGUAGCCCAUGUUGACAUCUAGUAGCCUAACUAAAUAUCAUGUAGUUGUCCAUUCAGACAUCUAGUGGACUAUCGAAGAGAUCUAGCAGCCAAUCAACUACCAAACUGUCUUUGUUGUACACGUGAAAUCUACGUUAGAAUAGAAAUGUGUUAAUAAUGUAUAAUAUUAAACUUUUUAAGUGCCUGACAAUAGUGAGUGUCUACGUUUAUAGCCUGC